GCAGGUGGCCCUGGUGUGACGAAGGAAUUCUUCCAGGUUGCAUUACGCAGUUUCCUGGACGUUUGGCACAACAACGAGCGUCUCUUCGUCUAUGACGAGCAGUCGCGAACGUAUUGGUUGAACGAGCGGGCUGUUGGCUCGGAAGACUUUUUCCGAUCCUAUGGCAUUUUGCUUGGUCAGGCUGUGCUGAACCAUAUUCACGUCCCGAACAUUUUCCCUCGUGUGCUUUAUGAUCGGCUACUCGAGGAGCUAGAGUCGCCUUGCGCGAAGAAGCUGCGACUUGAGGACAUUGGGGCCGUGUGCCCGAACACUGCGAAGAGUUUGCGCCAGAUUCUCGAGUACCCGGGCCAGGAUAUCGCUGAAGUCUUCGGGGACCUCGCUUGGCCACGUGGUGCCCUCCUUGCAGAGGACUUGCGGAUCUCGCAGGCCAAUAAAGCGGACUUUGUCCAGGCCUAUGUCGAUUGGUUUUUUCAUGGCAAAAUACAGGCCCAGCUC